AUGAAAGGAUCUUUGCAUGUUGCGGAUAAUACCCACAAAUUACCAACUUCUCUUUCAAUGAGCAAUCUUAAUCACCCUUUUAUUCAAUGUCAAAGCCAUGUCUCUCCUAGUAAUGUGAAAGUGCCACUGGAUUCCAAGUUUAGAGGUUUGAACUUCAAGGUUAGCCUUUUUUGGCCAAACCAUUCAUCUUGUGUUGUGAAGCGGCAAAAGGGUAGUAAUGAAUUUGUGGUGGGAUGUGCAAGUUGGGGUUUGGAAAGAGAAUUCAAGGCUGAGAUGAAAAAACAAGAAAAUGAGGAAAAGGGUAAGAAUGGAAUGGGAAGGUUUAGACACAAAUGUGGAGAAAGAGAAGGGGUUGUGGAACUGUUGGAGUGUUUGGAAAGGGAAGCAAUAAUGGGUGAUGAUGUGGGAAAAGAACCUACUGAUUACAACCGAAGGGCUCAGAUAUUUGAUAGAAGCUCUCAAGUGUUCCAAGCCAUGAAGGAACUCAACAAUGAUGUUUUAACUCAAUAA